GAGAGAAGAAAUGAUUUCGCCGAAAAUUGAAUCUCUUUACACGCCCUUAGUUAACUGAUAAAGGCAAGGUCACGUUUGGGAUUAUGUAAUGCUCUUCUCGUAGGCCUUCUUUUUAGCGACAGAGUGUGAGAACCUGUAUCCUGUAGCCAUAAGUAAGUGAGAUGAUGGCAUCGAGAAUUGUGAGGUUUGGAUCAUCAAGCCUUAGGCCUUUGAUGAGGGCUGUUUCCAUCUUGGGCCCUAAAACAUGCACUGGAAGGAAGCAAGUUCACACAGCACCUCAUGCAUGUUUCCCGAAGUGUGAAUUAACAUCAAAGAGGUAUCCUGUUGAGAGAGGUCCAUUUUCCCAAAUAACACCUGAAGAUAUCAAGUUCUUCACUGAGCUUCUUAGUCCACAUAGAAUCAUAACAGAGGAAUCAGAACUUGAGGGCCAUAACACUGACUGGCUCGGAAUGGUACGUGGAGCUUCCUCAGUUCUUCUGAAGCCCAAGACCACGGAGGAAGUAUCAGCCAUUCUUAGUUACUGUAAUCAACAUAAACUUGCAGUCUGCCCUCAAGGUGGGAACACAGGCCUAGUAGGAGGAAGUGUACCUGUUUUUGAUGAAGUGAUUAUCUCCAUGGCCUUAAUGAACCAAGUGGAAAGUGUAGACAGCUGGUCUGGUGUUGUAGUGUGCCAGUCUGGGUGUGUGCUGGAGGCUUUAGACCAGCAUGUGGCAGAGCAUGGUUUGAUGGUUCCUCUUGACCUGGGUGCCAAAGGGAGCUGCCAUAUUGGUGGGAAUGUCUCCACAAAUGCUGGUGGACUCCGGUUAUUGCGAUAUGGAAGCCUUCAUGGAUCUGUCCUGGGAGUGGAAGCAGUGCUGGCCUCGGGGGAAGUCAUCGAUUGCUUGUCCACCAUGAAGAAAGACAACACAGGAUAUGACCUCAAGCAUCUUUUUAUUGGUUCUGAAGGAACACUAGGAAUAGUUACCAAGCUUGCCAUCAAUUGUCCUCCAAGGCCUACAGCUGUGAAUCUAGCUUUUCUAGGCCUCCAGAGUUUUGAUGAUGUUCUCCAAACAUUCAGAGAUGCAAAGUCAAAACUGGGAGAGAUAUUAAGUUCCUGUGAGUUCAUUGACAGAAGUUCCCUGGAGUGUGUGGAAGAAAACCUAAAGUUGAAGUCGCCAAUUGAGCCGCAUCCUUAUUAUAUGCUCAUUGAAACAUCAGGAUCUAAUGGGGACCAUGAUGAAGAAAAGCUGAACACUUUUUUGGAGUAUGUAAUGACUUCUGGCCAGGUGACAGAUGGCACUGUGGCAACUGAACCUUCAAGAAUUCAACACAUUUGGAGUCUUAGAGAAAGAAUAGCAGAGUCCCUGAUCGCUGAUGGUUACACAUAUAAGUCAGUAGUUGUAUAUGAUAUUUCCAUCCCCUUACCUCACUUCUAUAAGAUGGUAGAAGACAUGAGAGAACAUCUGGGCUCCAGCAUUAUUCGCUGUUGUGGAUAUGGACACAUUGGUGAUGGAAAUCUUCACCUAAAUAUUACCAGCAAAGAAUAUGAAAAGGAGAUCCUCAGCCGCAUUGAACCAACAAUAUUUGAGUGGACCGCAAGAGUCAAGGGAAGCAUCAGUGCUGAGCAUGGACUGGGCUUCAAGAAGAGGAACUACAUCCACUUCUCGAAGUCAGAUGGUGCAAUAGGCCUCAUGAAGCAGAUGAAGAAGAUCAUGGAUCCAAAUGGAAUACUCAAUCCCUAUAAAGUUUUGCCUGACAAUUAGGGGCAGACAGUUCAUCGUCUGAUCUUUUUCUGCUUGCAUGAACAUGCUCAGGAGAUUAAUUUUUAUGUGAUUGUUGAAGUUGAGUUGUUUUCAGUACAAUUUGCUACAUUUGGUACAGUCAACUUUAUUGCAAUCAAAUUUUUACCUCAUUUUGUUUUAUUUGCAUUUGGAUAUAUAACUUACAAAAGUAGAGAAUAGUAUGUGUAUCAUUUGAAAUCAUCAGCAUAAUGUACAUUUUACCAGGGUAGAAUGGAAUGUUCCUAGAUGAUGUUAGAGAUAAUUUAAGGUUAUUAAUGAAGUUCUACUCUGAAAAACCAGCUUCACUUAUGUCUGUGAUGUAGUUUCUUAAAAGCAUAUUGAUAAUAAGUAUUUAUACAUGUUUGCUUGAUUUAAUUUAUUUCUGUGGAUGAUCCUUGAGCAUUAUUAUGCUUAAAUAUAAAAUUGUCAUUCUGUAAUAGUAAAAUAUAUUGAGUACCAGUUAUAUGAAAUAUAAUAAUUGUUCCACAAUGUACAGCUAUUUGAAGUCUUUGAAAAAGGGAAAUCCAGAUUUAUUUUUUCAUAAGUAAAUGACAAAAAAUGAAUUGUAAUAAAAGCUUGCCUUUAAAGAUGUAGAAAACAAAAGUUUUAGAAUUUAAUAAAAAUAAUUUGUAAAUAUGUGAACACCCAAAAAUAUGAUAUUUUUUCACCAGAGUUAA